CAUACCUCAACUCAACAUGGACCAACGUGUGUGUCAUGAAGCUCAUUCUUCCUGUUCACCAGAUCCCUUUGACGUAGCCAGAGGCAGAUGUACGGACGAAGCCUCGUAUGCGGAGGAGUCAACUUUCACUGACCAUGUUGAAGGAGACGACUGGAGCGACUAUUCAGAUCAUGAGGAGGAUACAUCGUAUCGUUUGUUUAAUACCUCAGACUAUCAGCCGCUAGCACGUAGGGUAGUUAAUACCCUUGGUCUCCAGACUGCGCCUUCAACUUCGUCCGCCCCAGCUAUAAAAGGGGCCAAGGUCCUCAAAUCCCCUGCACCUACUGAACACUACUUCCCGGUGCCGGACCCAAUUGCCAAAUUAGCCUCUGAAGAAUGGGCUCAUCCACUCCAAGCUCGACGCUUCAAGAACCUGGCUGACAGGCUUUACGCCCUAGCUCCAGACUUUGCCACCAAGUUAGAUGUCCCUGGCAUAGAUGAACCAAUCGCUCGCCUCGUUUCACGAUCACUUUUGCCCAGGGUAGGGGAAUCACACCUAAAGGACACUACUGAGCGACGAAUAGACUUCGCCCUCUGCAAGAAUCACGAGGCCACUGCCCUAUCCAUGCGUGCCUCUGCUUCAGCCUCCAUUUUCUCCAGAGCAUCUAUGAUGUGGCUGGAUGACCUUCUAGAGGACGCUAACCCUGAUCCUGUCGCCCUCAGAAGAGCGCUAUUGAAAUUGCGUAAGACAGCAGCUUUUGUGGCCAAUGCCACUCUGGAUGCCACUCAAUUAGGGGCACGAGCCAUGACGGCUCAAAUAGUCGCUCGACGCACCCUCUGGCUUCGCCACUGGCAAGCUAAUUCAGCAGCCAGAUUGAACCUGUCCAGGGCUCCUUACUCCGGAUCUCUGCUCUUCGGCGAGGAAGCUCUAAAGGCAGUGCUGGUUGAUCCAAAAGACGCCCACAAACCGGUUCUGGCCACAGUCAAGAACAUCGACCACAGGCCUUUCAGGCGAUUUCCUUCCUUCCGUUCUAACCAGCCCUUUCGAGGAACGCGGCCAGGAGGACGAGGCCGCGACUUCAGAUCCUAUGACCCCAACGCAUUCAGGGGCUCCUGGAACCGACGCUUCCAGGGCACAGGCCUACGGCUGGCUUGUCAACUUUGACAAAAGCCAUCUCCAACCAACCCAACGCCUACUACAUCUAGGGGCAAUGUUGGACACCCUGCAGGCAAUGGUCUUCUUGGCUCCAGAUCGCAUCACUGCCAUCACAAGCAUCGCAAGGUCCCUGAUGCAUCAAACAUCCGCAGACGUCAUGCUUCUCGCCAGAGCGCUCGGGAUAUUCAUCUCUACAAUCCACAUUGUGCCAUGGGCUUGAGCCCACACUCGGCCCCUUCAAUGGGUUCUGUUGCCUUUUCAAAAAGACAUUGCCAGCUCCAACCAUCGCAAAGUUCGUUUGAGCCCCGCACUGCGCCUCUCCUUCCGCUGGUGGACCAAGGUUCAACACCUCUCCAAGGGCACGUCGUUCAGAGAACCCUGCAGAAUCAUUGUAACCACGGAUGCCAGCCUCAUCGGUUGGGGAGCCCACUGCAACUCCCAGUACGUUCAGGGGGUUUGGUCCACCGCAGAGCAAACUCAAAGCAUCAACUGGCUGGAGCUAAAGGCUGUCCACUUAGCUCUACUUCAUUUUCAGUCUCUGUUCCCUUUGGAUCAUGUGCUCAUUCGAACAGACAACACGUGUGUAAAAUCACAUUUGAACAGACAGGGGGGCACCAGGUCUCGUCCUCUGUAGGACUUAGCCUCCCUCAUCUUUGUCUGGGCAGAACAACAUCUACAAUCCCUGAAAGCAGAACAUCUCAGAGGGAUUUGGAAUGUGACAGCAGACUGGCUCAGCAGACAACAGGUCUUUCCGGGAGAAUGGAAACUUCAUCCAGCCAUUUUCCAUCGUCUCCAGUGUCGGUUCGGCGCCCUCUCAGUCGACCUGUUUGCUUCCAGUCACAAUUGCCAGCUUCCCAGGUACUUUACCCGAUACCUGGACUCAACAGCAGAAGCAGUGGAUGCUCUGAC